AUGAAUAAGAAACAAACAAAAAAACCAUCCAUAGACUUGGGAUCAAGUUGUAGUAGUGAAAGUUCAAGUAUUGCUGCUACAUCUAUCCCGGCCUCUCCUUUAGAGGAUUUAUACAAGUCCAAACGACCACCUUUCCAAAACAUUAACCUUAAUUUGAUCAGCAGCAAACAACCUUCCGUGAGCCCACGAUAUGUAGGGCCAACACCACCUCCAGAAACUCCAGAUUUUUCAGCAAUGAGAAUUAAAACACCAACAGCGACCAUUGGACGACCAGUCGAAAAGAUUGACCUCAAUUUUCCCAAGCUAUCUUCAUCACGAACGAAUAAGACGGUCAGCCUCAAAUCCGAUACUUUCAUUUCCCUCAAUUCUACCAGUAAUUUAAAUGCAUUCUCAACACCUCCGAUUCACACCCCUAGACUAUCAUCCCAACCUCCUUCAUCACCCAAUGGAUCCACUGUUGAUGCAGGAAGUCAUGUUGAUUGGUUCGAAGAACGAAUUGACACCUCCCUGAGCGAUUUGACAAAAUAUGAAAACUUUAAAUUUCAACGGUGGAAUAGAACUUUGGAACAAGACCUCAUGAACAAUCCUCCCAAUGUAUAUAAUCUCCUUCAACAUCGCAAGUCGCGAGCGUUCAUAACGGACUUGGCUCCUAUUCGAUCUUCGAACGGCUCUAGAAAUAGCAAGUCAGGGAAUAAUGCUUCUAACGACAUCGAGGAGGACAGUGCAGAAAGCAUUAUUCGAAAAAAGCAAUCCAGAAACAGAUACAUGUUAAAGAAUCGAACGAGCUUGGCAGAGUCUAAAAAUCAAAGACCAAGCACCUCUUUUGAACUGUACAAAAAACAAUUACUUGAUGCUGAAGAAAAAUUUGACUCUUUAGACAACAGCUGGAAAGAGUUUGGAAUGACUUCGACAUCGUCGUUUAUUGAAAAAAUUUCCUCAAUCGAUGUAAAAAAGAGCUCUAUGAGAGAAAUUGAGGACGAUCUUAAACGAAAAAUAUACCUCUUUAAAGAAAAUGCAAACAAGAAGAAUAUGCAAAAUCAUAUUCAAGAAAUUAAAUUAUUGAAAAGGAAAAAGAUGGAAGACAUGAAGAGAGCCUAUGGUAAGGACGUCAUUGAGCAAAAUAAGGAACUGGCGAGCAAAAUGACAAGAGAAGCCCUGGAUGAGAAACGAGCAGAGGCCUCCAUGCUUCGAGAAGAAAAGAUCAAAACAGCGCGAGAAAUUAACAUUAGCAAUAUUUUAGAAAAGAAACACAAAACAGAAGAAUUAAUACGUGAACGUGAAAUGAGAGAAGAAAUUCGCAACAUGCAACGACAAAACAUGUCCCUUUAUACCAAUUGGAAAACCAUUGUCACCAUCAUUCAUUAUCUAUAUGUAAUCAAGGAUACAAUAAGCAAAGCGUAUGAAUACAAACAAGCUCAAGAAAAGAAGGCAUUGGAAGAAGCAAGUAAACCAGUUGAAGUAGACGCACAAGACGCAGAUUAUGAAAAGAAAAUUAAAGUAUUUAACGUACUUUUCAAAGAGAGGUACGCGUCCCAUUUGGAGAGAAUCAAAGCACUCAUAGGACGAGGAGUGAGAAGAUGGCGAGAACAAAAGAAGUACGAAUCGAUUCAACUCAUUUCAAAAUUCCUCACAGAUUUAGCAGAAACGUUUAGAAUUCCUCUCGCAGUGUCCAAGUUCAAGAAUGCAGUGAUUAAGGUCCAACGAACGUGGAGGAGUUAUGUCGUCAUGAAGAAGUGUCAAAAAAUUCUGCACGUGGCCCAGCUUGGCAAGUACAUUGAGAAGAAAAUUGCGUCUCUCGAGAAGGAGAUCAACAAGGGAAAUGGACGAAAAGGAGUUAAAAACGACACUUCGAGCCAUGCCCUAAACAAGAUGAUGUCCUCGGCGACAUUGGGCGUUCAAAACUCGAAAGUAUUAUUCGACCUCGUUGCACAAAAAGAGGAAAUCAAAAAGAUCUCAAUUGAAUUGAAAGAAGAGGUUGUCAACAAUUACUACGAAGAACGCAGAAUUGAGCACGUUCGAAAGAUGAGGAUUUUCGAAAAAGAAAGUCAGCUCAUGAAAAAAGACAGCAAAUCUACAGCAGCCAUGUUCCAAGAUUUUAAACCCAAGCUUUCCCCACUGCUCUCCAAGAAUGAAUUGCAUUCACUGUUUGAACAAUGUUUCAAGAGGACACGAAUGGAAAUUCAAACAAAAGAAAAAACCUCAUCAGCUAGAAAUGGUCAAGAGCCAAAGAAGUUGAACGUCUUGGAUUCGCAACGCUCUAAUAUUCAACUUUUUAAGUUAGCUCGACAGGCCACGUCAGCAGCCAUGAAAUUUAAAGCAGCAGGUGCAAAAGCUAGCAGUGUCAAUCUUUUCAGUGACCUACAUUCUGGAAGGACCACCACAAGCUCUGGUAAAUCAGCUUGUGAAUAA